UCUGGGAGUUGCAGUUCUCCGAGCUUGAGGGGCCUUCCAGCCGAGGCCAGGCUUCGUCCAACGCAGCAGGCCUCUCUCCCCGCGGGGCUUCCCGGCCGCUUGGCCUUCGUCUCUCCCGCCUUCCUCCUCGCCCCGGUAGCGGAAGCUCUGCCGCCGGCCGCGCGGUUCCGCCAUCUCGGAAGGUGGAGGAGGAGGAGUCGGUGGCGGCGGCUCCUCUGCCUGGUCAGGCGGGGCGGGAAGCGGAAGGAGGGGACACCCGGCGUGGCCUGCAACAAUGUCAGAAGGGGACAGUAGUGGCGAGUCCAUCCAUGGUAAACCUUCCGUGGUCUAUAGAUUUUUCACAAGACUGGGACAGAUUUACCAGUCCUGGCUAGACAAAUCUACUCCAUAUACAACAAUCCGAUGGGUGGCAACAUUGGGUUUAAGUUUUAUCUACAUGAUUAGAGUUUAUUUACUGCAGGGCUGGUAUAUUGUGACGUACGCCUUGGGUAUCUACCACCUAAACCUCUUCAUAGCUUUCUUGUCGCCAAAGGUCGAUCCCUCGCUCAUGGAAGAUUCAGACGAAGGCCCUUCACUACCGACAAAACAGAACGAAGAAUUCCGGCCUUUUAUUCGGAGGCUGCCAGAAUUCAAGUUUUGGCAUUCUGCUACAAAAGGGAUCCUGGUUGCCAUGACCUGUACAUUCUUUGAGGCUUUCAACGUUCCAGUUUUUUGGCCCAUUCUGGUGAUGUACUUCAUUAUGCUCUUCUGCAUCACGAUGAAGAGGCAAAUCAAGCAUAUGAUAAAAUACCGAUAUAUACCCUUCACCCACGGCAAGAGGAGAUAUAAAGGGAAAGAAGAGGCAGGGAAGACUUUUGCUAGCUAGAAACCCUAUCCCUGAAAUCUGCUGACCAACCUUUUUCCUGCGUUAUAAUUAAAAAGACCGCUUUUGAGCCAUUGUAACGAUGCCUCUGGUUCUUCAUGAUCAGUCAAUAAGGAGGGCGACGAUCCAGAAGAUUCAUUUUCUGUCUCUUCAGCUGAUUGGAAGAGGGGUGGGUGGGGGGUGUCUGAUUCCUACCAGGAGAAUUCUGCCUUUUAACUUGCCUCUUCUGAAAUUGUUGCACUGUGGGAACAAGCUAUUUUAUCCGUCCGGGGCCUCUUUUCUCCUCCCCUUGGGCAGUUAUCACAUGUUUACACCUAGGUACGUGUGUGUGUGUGUGGGUCUCUCUGGGAUCCGAAGGCACUGGGUUCUUGGCUUUGCAUAUGUGGCUUGGUGACUUCGCAAACUUUUCCAAGGGCCUCCUGCGCGUGUAUUCCAGAUGUGUGGUUGUGCAUGCAGACCAAAACAGGUAGGGAAUUAGAAAUUUCUUUGGGAGGCCUACUGCUAGCAUGGAAAGGGAGAAUAUCGGUUUAUUUUAUUUUAUUUUAAUUCUCCAACCCAGUCUGCACACUGUACCUUGCUGAAAUGAGAGAACUGUAAUAGGAACCUGGGACACAAUGAUAAAGACAUUCAACUUCUGAUUGA